AUGAGCGAGAACAGAGGUUCACCCUCGUAUGGUGAGAGUUUUAUUAAUCUUUUUGGGGCGGACAGUCCGUUGAAGAGCGAGGAUGCGGGCCGAGACGAGAAUGGGACUGUUUCGCAGAGCGACUCCGCGCCGCCUGCGUCUCUGCUCGCGGAGGGAGCGUCGAUGGGGCAUGGGAUGGGGGAUACAGACGCUACACCGAGUAUACUGCUGGAGCAGCUGGCGUAUGUGGAUAAUUUCAUGUCUUCGCUGGAGCAGGACUAUGCGACGCUGGACUCGUGGAUCAUAGGCGAGAACCAGGACUCUCUCGGUGGGAUGAUGGGAGAGAGGUCUCUGGCGCUGGACGAGAGGCUGGCGACGGAGUUGAGCGCGUUCGCUGAUGACUCAUUUAUCUUCCCGGAUGAAGACAAGAGACAGCAGCUGGGCCACGGAGACGGCGAAGGCGACUGCGACGGCAGCGACAGUGACCGUGGUAGCGGGCGUGACGGCGGCAACGAGUCGAGCGGGGGCGGGAGGUCGCAUUUUCUGACACAGAGACGUAACACUUUCUUGACCUCGCAGUAUGACCACAGUAAGUCUCGGUUUUCGAGCCGACGGAGGCGCGGGAAGGAGCAGCCAAACGGCGGUGGACCUAGCGAUGCCGGUCCGCGGGUUCCAUCUCCGGCACAGGAUCACGGCGGGUUUGUAAACGUUGACAUUACGCCGAACGGCUCAAACGCUUUCUUUGCGCCGACGGUACCGUCGCCGCUGACCAACUUGGUGGCGUCGCAGCCGUAUUCUGUGUCGAACAGUCCCGAGAACGUUGGGAUCAGGAGACCGAGCUCGACCAAGGAGGAGCCGCUGCCGGUGGCAGCGGAUAGAGCGCCGGUCAUUCACAUGCCGGAUUAUUCAAAGAUACCGACGUCGACGCUGGUGGCUCUGCUGCCGAAAGUGGCGGUUCCGCCCGGCGCCUAUCAAGCGCUGAUCAAGCAGGGACUGGGCGCGGAUCAGAUCGAUGCCAUCGCAGUGAUCAUAGCUCACCACGAGAAAGAGAAACAGAGACAGAAAGGCAGCGAGCAUGUGGACCGUGGAGCGGGUUCCAGUGGUGAUUCCAAGAUCGAGAGAAGUGCUUCGUUCCUUUUCGACAUACUGUCGAACAUCACGCAGUCCCGGAGACCAUCGCAGCCUUCAUCAGACUCGAGUUCUGUGAGGGAAAAGUCGCCUGUUAGAAGGGGAAGCUCGUCGAUGUUGAGUGAGAUGGCUGAAGAUGGUACUGCAGCCCAGACGGGGCCGCUAAAGAGGUCCGCGGAUGAGAUCACAGCGGACUCGGAGUCGGCCGCCGAAGAAAGCAGGUCUUUGGGGAAGCGGAAAGCUCCAAAACCUGUACCGAACUCGAGAGCGGCGCAAAAAUUGCCUUUAAAGAGAAAAAUCAAGGAGACCCAGCUAGAGACUUCGAUCCAUGAACUAAGCGAAUUGGCCACCUCUUUGCAGCAAAAAAUUCAUACGCUGGAGACGGAAAACGAGGUCCUGAAGAAGCUUGUAAUAUCAAGUGGUGAGCUGGAAGGCAUCGAGAAGGCUGAAAAGAUCAAGACAGAGCUGCUGAAGCAGCUUAAUGAGAAGCAGAAGAAAAGCGACGAGCCCGACGGCGAGCCCGCCGCGUCACAGAACGAUACCAUCAUAUAG